GUUCUGCCUCCCGAAUGGAUGCUCACGUGGGUCCUUUGAUGCCAACGCACGUCACCCGCGUCACCGCUGUGGCGGCGCCGGCGGUGACCUUCAUGGCAACCAAUUUGAUGGAUCAGGCGUUAACAGAUAGCGGCAAAGAGUCGAGUAGAUCCUCCUGCCCACCGACCUUGAUUUUACACACGGAGAGGAAGAGUUCCCCCGUGGAGAGCGAUGGCGAUAAGGAUCAUUCUUUUAAACUCGUAAACGACGAUGACAGCACAUCCAAUGGCAACAAGCCCGUGGCAUCCACUCCAGUGCCAGGAUCACCAUGGUGUGUAGUCUGGACUGGAGAUGACCGGGUCUUCUUCUUCAACCCUACAAUGCAGCUGUCAGUGUGGGAGAAGCCAGUGGACCUGAAGCACCGCGGCGACAUCAACCGGAUCAUCGAGGACCCUCCUCACAAGCGCAAGCUGGAAGCUGCAGCAACAGAUAAAUGUGUUAGUUCUUGUCCAGGGGAUGAAAAUGAUGAUCUUAGCAUCAAAACGAAGAGAAAUAAAACAGACGAUUCCCAAGCUGCUGACCAGGGGAUGGCUGAAACAGAGGAGAAAAAUGAGGAAACAUCAGCGCCUCAGGUCACACCUCCCCUGGAGGAGCGCAUCACGCAUUUCCGAGACAUGCUGCUGGAGAGAGGGGUUUCGGCGUUUUCUACAUGGGAAAAAGAGCUCCACAAAAUAGUAUUUGAUCCACGCUACCUUCUAUUAAAUUCAGAAGAGCGUAAACAGAUAUUUGAGCAGUUUGUCAAGACCCGGAUCAGAGAAGAGUACAAAGAAAAGAAAAAUAAACUGCUGUUAGCCAAAGAAGAAUUCAAAAAGCUCCUUGAAGAAUCCAAGUUAUCACCAAGAACAACAUUUAAAGAAUUUGCGGAGAAAUAUGGAAGAGAUCAGCGGUUUCGCCUCGUUCAGAAGAAGAAGGACCAAGAGCAUUUCUUCAAUCAGUUCAUACUUAUUCUUAAAAAGAGGGACAAAGAAAACCGGAUAAGGCUACGGAAAAUGAGAUAA